CUAUGGAAUAGGUCAGAUGAGGCAGAGAAAAGGGACACGAGCUGAAAGGUGUAAUUAUAAUAAGAACAAUGCGCCCGUGUGUGUAUGUAAAGGACAUACGUUCCCCGGUUUGUGGUUUCUCAGCGUCUCUUUGCCUCGUCGUCUCUUGAACGCUGUCCAAGAUUUCCUCAACACGUCCGAAUAUCAAUCACUGGUUUUCUUACCUAAUUUCCCUAAAGGCUUAUAUUAUGGCGCGUGGCCGAGGUGGUAGUGGACGUGGAGGGCGCGGUGGUGGUAGUGAUGAUGAUGGUGGUAGCAGUAGCAGCAAUUGCGACAUCAGCGGUGCCUACAACAGUGCUGUCAUUGCGCUCAACGUGAUAUUCAUGGUCAUCCUCCUGGCGAUCGGCGCCUUCUCAUGGUGGAAGAAGAGACGGAUGAGCACUGAGGCGAGGGCUAAGAGCCCUAUCCAAUGGCACAACUUCCUACUCUCUCUCCUGUUCACGGCAUUUGGCUAUUUGCUGAACUGGGCACUCACAGCAGCUGCGCUGUGCGGCAGUCUGGACAAUCCAGGCGAUACCGUUGCGGCGACAUGGUUCCUCAAUAUCGGAUUUCUUCUCCUGGUCUGGACCAUCGUGAUACCGACCGUACAAGCAUUCUGGAUACACAGCGGCGGCGACUUCGCCAAGUUUAUCAAAUUCGGCUACUUUGCCAUCUUCGGUCUGCUCGUCCUCCUGACGAUUGUCAAUUUGGGGAUUGCGACGCAUUUGGCCACGACCGAUUUCUUCGACUACGACGAUCUCAGCUUGUCCAUCUCCAACACCAAACUAGCCACAGCGAUUUCGUUUAUCUGGUUCUUUACAGCCAUCAGCGUGAGCGGUCUACUCUUUCUCGCACUCAUGGGUAUAAAGAAGAACAGUAUGCCUCUAGGGAAACUCUUCAUCUGGACCCCAGGCUUCGUCGUAUCCAUGAUCGUCGCCGCACUAAUCCCAUGCAUCAUCUUUCCAACCUACUACCUCGAAGACGCUAGCGACGACCUCACCGAGGGCAAAGCCAUUGCCCAGCUCUUCUUCUCCCUCCUCUUCACCGCCCUCACCUACUUCUUCCUCCUUAUGCUCGGCACCUCGUCCGCGCUCGGCAGUGAUUCCGCAGCCUACAAUCCGAUGAUCAAUCUAGGCAAGGGCGGUGUCGGCCCGAAUGCAGACGCAGAAUACAAGCCUGAAACUGCAGGCGCUGGACUGCCGCCUCAACAAUAUGCACAGCAAUAUGCACCACCGCAGCAGCAGCAGACUCCGCCGCCAGGACAAGGCUACUAUCCGCCAAACUCGCAGUCUCCGCCGCCUCAACAACAACAACAGUAUGCACCCAAUACGCAAUACCAGUCUCCACAGCAGUGAUAUACUUGUACAUUUGCAUAUAUCUAAAGUCGAUCAUAGAGCUACAGUAGUAUGGGAAACCUUGUGUCAUUGAUCCCCUGCCCCCAGGCUAUACAUGCUGAAGAUGUUUAGCGCAAACGGAACCCAGUCAUCAAGAAGGACCUAGUUUAUAUAUACCCCUCUAAGACGUUAUAUACUCAUUCUCUCUUCCAUAUCAUCGAACUACUACAUGAUACAUACCUUAAUAAUAGCGGUGUUCCUAGCUUCUAAUAGCGAAAAAGCUCUCAAAAUAGAACCACUAC